AUGGGAAUCGAUCAUGUGAGAAACGAGGCGUUAGCACUCGGAAUCAUUUCUUCUGUGUUGUUAGUACUUUUAAUAAUAUACUUCAUUCAUACCAAUUUAAUACUCUUUGUGAAGAUAUGGCAAAAGAGGUCGAACGCAAUAGCAAAAACCCAAAUCCUGUCCCCAAGAAACAUCUGUCACGUUUGUGUGUUGUUGUACAUCUUGUGUCAAAUAGUCUUUAUGGCGUGGGUGUUUUAUUAUUUUUCAAUUCUGAACCAAGAAGACCCCAAAUUAAAUGACUUCACGUACGUUGCUUGGUACGAAUUCAUCAACUUAUUCGACACUUCAAUUUUCUCUUUCAUGAUGCUCUUGACUAUUUAUGCUUUAAGAACACAAUUUGACACAUUAAUCACAGUAGCUGAGUGUGGGUGGGUUGUUAAAGCAUUUGACUCAUGUUGGGUAACAGGCAUCGCUCUUUUAUCCAUUCACACCUUAUUCUUCUUCUUGUCGACGUUGUUUAUAAUGACAAUCCCCUUCUCAGUCUUUGGCGAUUUCUUUGUUGUUGUCUUCCAGAUGCAGACGAUAUCUUCCAAUUGUAGCUUGAUGUUGGUCUUCUCCUUUGUCGUUGCCUCUUUCAUAUUAAUUCUUCUCUUCAUGAGAAAGGUCUUUGCCGUAUACGAAGCCAAGGAGUCUCACGAAAUUCGAAUCCGUACGUAUUCAUGUGGAAUCACUAUUAUAGUGUUGACCUUUGUUCGUCUCACAUUGUGUUUGUAUCACAUCAUAUACUAUUCUAAAGACUUCACUGGACAAAACCUUGGUCUUUUCAAUACAAAUACGACAUUCUUCAUUGAUGGGUUGGACUUUGGUGUCGUUAUCUUUUUGAAAUACGUCCCGACCUUCCUCAUGAUUCUGAUGUUAAACAAGCCAAGAUUGUGGUAA